CAUAAUAAAUGGUGUUCUGUAUAUGAACAAAUUUGAUUCCUUUUAGACUUAUUGUUAGUUUUUCAUGUAGAAUUGUUCCCCCUUGCUUGUUUGUACUACCAAUUAUAGGACACCUAGUAUAUUAUAUAAACAAAAAAAAUCAUAUACAUGAAAGUUAGUGGUAAGAAUUGUCAGUAUGGAUGUACAUGUACAAUAUAAUUGUGUAUUCAAGGAUUUAUACGUUUCAAGAGAAUACAAGUUAGGAUUUACGAAAUAACAGUACUUUUCAGGAACAAAGAGCAAGAAGAGGAAGAUCGUGCCAGAUAAAAUCUCAUCUUUUUUCCACUAACAAUCAUGCCUAGAUAUGGUAAACCAAUUUGUGCGCAAGAGAAACAAUUGAUAUGAGCGAAGAGAAACUAAUUACUGUCAUGGUCGCAAUAUGAUACUUUGAACAUAAACAUGGAUGGAAUGAGUUACGAGUUGAGAAAGUCAUGCUACGGAAGAGUUAUAAUUAUCCAUCCCCGGAGAAAAAUAUGCCGAUUUAGCCAAUCCCAUGAUGCGCAUCUUAUGGUAUUGGCAAAGCUAACAUAAGAUCGGUCAAUUUUUUGCAAAAACAAUUACCUGCGUCUUUUUAAUGAUCACCUUGUUUCGCAUUACAGAAAAGAAAAUAACGCACGAUUCUCUAAUAAAUACUUGGGUACAAAACUGUGGGAACAAUGCAACCCCUUUGAAGAGAAUAUGUAAAUGGAUGAACAUUUGUUUAUAGAAACAUUUUCGAUUUGAAUCGAAUAUCAAAGAAUAAAAUAGAUUAUUUUCUUCGACAUAGAAUAAGAAUAUAAUUUUAUAGGUGAAACAAGCUGUAUAUAUAUGUUUAUCCGUUUCUUGUUGGAAGUACUGGACCAAUACGGGAGAGACGCUGUAAAACUGUUGUCGUCGUACGAUCACCGUUCGCCGUUUCUGUUAGGCUGCAUGAAGUGAAAGCCCAUGAUCGGGGCCUGGAGUAGAAUGUAAAGAAGCCGGCGGGCCUAGAGAAGAGAGGGAAACCGCUUUACCAUCCAGUCACUCCAAGGCGAGCUCUAAAGAAUGUCGAGUGUUGUGAAUCGCGACAACAUCGAAUUAUCGUUGUGAGUUUUACUCAGAGACUCGAAUUCGUCUCACGCUGCUACUACUACUACUACUGAUACUAUUCACCACCACCACCAUCACCCUAAGAGUGAUAGAUCUUACCUCCAACAAACGUUGGAUUUGCCGAUUAACAUAUUUAGACGGAUGACGUAAACCAAAACAAUGAAGCUGAGACACCUAAUAUCCAUAAUUUUCACUUACGUUGUUGUCUAUUCGGGACAAAUUUAUGGCGUUAAUUCGGUGGAUCCUGCGGUUGGAAAGGUUGAUUUUACGACACAGACUGUUUACGGAUUCUUGGAUUUUACUACAACGAUUGGAAACACAGUUAUGGUGUUCAGUCCACAAAGUUCACCACCAGAAGGAGAAAAACCAAAAAGUAGUGGGCCUCCGAUACAAACGAAACCUAUCGAGAAAAAGCCCAUUCCAGAUAUUCAACCGAGUAAAACCCAUAAACCAAGUAAUCAAGGAGGAGAAACGAAAAAGCAGGGACAGAAAAAUUCGAAAGUCGUAGUAAAUUCAGUGGUAGAGCAAAACGUUAUCAAUCCAACCGAAGAUAAACAGAAACAAAUUAUUAAAAGCGAAGUGACCUCGCAUUCUUCCGUGAAAGCCACUACGGUGAAUCCCGUAACAUCUUCCAUCGUUCAAGUUAAAUCAAAAGAAGAAUUUCCAGGAGUAAAAAAUAAUCUUGCUGAACCUGAAUACGAUUACUUAUCGAAACAGCCAACUGAAGUCAUCGAUGAAACGUACAAGUUGAUCAAUUUAAAACCUACGAGUAAAAUUGCUUCCAAACCAAGACCAGCUACAAGAAGGGAGAAAGAGAAUCCAACUGGUUUGGUAACUAAAUUAGGUGGUACAAUUGUUAAAGACGGAUUGACGACGGUUCACGAAACUAGUGUAAUUGGCACGUAUAUAAAUGGAAAAUACGCGCAAGUUUUACAAAGUUCGUCGCGCAUUAUCGUCGGGACAUCCUCGAAUUUGGAGGGCAAAAUACGACCGUCGAAUACUCUCAGAAUAUUAAAGACGAUCGGACCGCAACACGGAAAGUUAAAACCACAGUUGGAGCCUACACCGACGAGUCAGCAAGAAGAAUCGUCCUUGCCAUUGGAAAUUCUAUUCAGCGCACCAGCAGGUUCUUCCGUACGAACAACACGAAGACAUUCGACUGCUAAUGCUAACCGUCCAAAAUAUCGUAGUAAAACUUUGGAAGAUUAUGACAAUGCUGAGGUCCAAGCUAGGACAUCAACGAAACAACGUCCUACCACCGCUCGGCCAAAUUACAAAAAUCGUGUCCAGAAUGAAGGGAAGUCAUCAACCACGACACAAGAACCACAAACGACUCGUCGUCGUACCAGCUUCAGACCAAGUAAUCAGUCAAAUUCUUCCUCGAGGCAAACUAAUAAACAGAAGAAUCAACAACCACAGCAGCAACAGCAACAACAGCAGCAGCAACAACAGACUACACCAACGAGUUCCUUGCCUAAAUUAAAACUUCCAAGAACUCAGGGUCGAUGGUCGUAUAAGACUACUCCUAAGCCAAGAAUCGCGAUUCGCAAACAAGUAGACGAUGAUGAUCAACGUGUAUCAACCGAAACGGUUAUAUCUGAACAGGGAUUAACAUCAGGCGAUGAUAAAACAACAACUACUUCCGUUGGAGUUGUUACAACAACAUCAACUUUAGCUACAACGCCUAAUAGUCAACGAAAAAUUUCAGAAACUUCGUUGUCCAACGAGGAACUCGAUCCAAGCGAAUCGGAAGAUGUCCCUAACGUUAGCGUGCACGAUCAAAUACACGCGGAUCAAACUUUACCUGUAGAAACUCUGAACGUUGAGAUUUCAACAGCAGCCAAUCUCAACGACGUUUAUUUUGAAAUAGCUACGAUUAAAUCUCCUUACUCGUUCCAGGUGGGAACUUUACGAAACACGCGUUACAUAACAGUUACGUCUACAAUGAAGAAGUCGUUUGCAGUUCCUGAACCUACGAGUACUUUACCAAUGACGGAACCUCUGACUGAGAACAUCUUGGCAAACACAGGAGCUGCUUACGAAACUACUUUACCACUUGAUUCCUCCGUAGCUACUCUUCCAGCGAUAUCUUUAGAUCCUGGUCAAGUAACACCACCUUUAGAAACGCUUACGGAAACAUUUUCAACGACUCAAACUCUUCUGAAAACUCAUUUGUUACCGGUAAUACACGAUGGAAAUACCACGAAAUUGACUCUAGUUCAGACCUACAACAUAGCUCGAUCGGUUACCGCUAUCAAAACUCUACCACCGAUGGAAAUUUAUCAAUUUAUUCCUAGCAAGACAUUGAAUGAAUUUAACUCGAAAUUGGAGGAGGCUGGAAGCGAACUUCACUUGGAAUUAGAUUUCGGUGACGAAGACAGAGACGAUGAAGAUAUUCCUAAAAGAAUCGUAGCACCUAGCAGUGACAUAUACUCCGAAUUAGAUCUCUUCAGAUCGGCAACGCCAACAAAGGUAAAAUCCGACGCACAUAGUACUAAUUCCGUUGAGCCACAACUUUCUUUUGAACAAGCUCAGCAACUUGCUUUGCUCAAAUAUUUCGGUCAACCACAGCAACAAGUUAUCACGACUUCGAGACCCGUCGUAGUGCUAGAAACCGUUUACGAAUCUCACGUAAUACCGAUAAUUAAUAAUGGCAAUACGCAUUACUCGACUUUAUCCAGACCAGUAGCUACCGUACCAAGGACAUCCUACGAAUACUCGACAUCUACCAUUCCACCUGUUCUUCCACCUGCAAUACCCCAAGUACCACUUUUCCCACAGCAACAACAACCCCAAUUUACAGUGACAAGUGCACCACUCGUCACGCAAACUUUAGUGACAGUGUCCGAUUCAAGAGUGCUCAAACUAAUGUUCGGAGCAAAAACUGCGUACACAACAUUAUUUUCUACUAAAGUAGUACCGACAGAACUUACAACCUACGUGACGAGUACCAUACCCUUACAGCCAACUAUUCCAGCUUUCCCUGGAUAUUAUCCUCCACCAGUUGGCUAUCCUCCUUUCCCUUAUGUGGGUUAGUAAUUUUUGAUUUGUUCUAUGGAAUUGCUAAAAGGAAGCUGAAGUUACACUUUGGUUAAGUAGAUGUAUGCUAAAAUAAACUUUUACAGUAUCCAUCUCUACAUGCCUUUUUUUAAACAGCAUACAUCUACUACCUCAGACAAAGGUGCUAGUAAAUAUCAGCUUCCUAAAAAAAUUAUACAAGUCACAAACGAGUUAAAAUUACUCUAGAUCCAACAUCUCAUAUUGAAUAUGAAAAAAAUCGUUUCAUUGUUCCCUCAAAUUGUUUAAUGAAAAACAAUGCAUUUUCAUAUCGUCAAUUUAAUUAUCCACCAAACAUAACUGUGACAUAUCGAAUAUUUUUAUUUAUUUUAUUCGAUGAAAAAUUGAAUCAUAAUUGGAAGAAAGAGUAAAAGAGGGAGAGUUGAUCCUAAGGAAAAAAUUAACCAGAUCAUAGAUAAAUAUCUUGUAAAUCAGUACAAAAACGAAGAAAUGACUUAAUGGACAUAUUCUUCAUCUUAUGAUAUCAGGUAUUAAGAAAAAUCAUAUGUGUACAAUUAACAAUUUAAUUGUACACAUUCUUAUAUACAAUUAAACACGCGUAUAUAAUUUUGUAUAUCCCGUUGAUACAGAAAGAAAUUUGUGUAAAUAAGUUAUUUUAAAUAUAUUUUAUCUGUCGUGUA